GUACACUGGAUAAUCUAUAUUUGCUGUGGAACAACACACCUUUCGGCAAUACCUCUGUUCCUGUGUCGCAGUGGUAGAGUUUUUAUUACCUUUGGAAGAGGUAGAGGAGAAGUUUCCUUGUUCCUGAGGGUUUCACCUCUCAUACUAAGCAAAAACCUUAAACUCUUGUGUGUGUGGCCACAUCCUACGGAGUAACUGUGACAGUGCUGGCUGGGGCGCACACAGCGCCACAAUGAACGUCACCUCGCUCUUCUCCUUCACCAGCCCAGCGGUCAAGCGACUGUUGGGCUGGAAGCAAGGCGACGAAGAGGAGAAGUGGGCAGAGAAGGCGGUGGAUGCGCUGGUCAAGAAGUUGAAGAAGAAGAAGGGUGCCAUGGAGGAGCUUGAGAGGGCCCUCAGCUGCCCUGGUCAGCCCAGCAGCUGCGUCACUAUCCCUCGCUCGCUGGAUGGGAGGCUCCAGGUGUCGCACCGGAAGGGGCUGCCUCACGUCAUCUAUUGCCGCGUGUGGCGUUGGCCCGACCUGCAGUCACACCAUGAGCUUAAGGCCCUAGAGUGCUGUGAGUUCCCCUUUGGAUCAAAGCAGAAGGAUGUGUGCAUCAACCCCUACCACUACAAGAGGGUGGACAGUCCAGUGCUGCCUCCAGUGCUGGUGCCACGAAACAGCGAGUUCAACGCUAAACUCUCUAUGCUGCCACGUUUCCGUAACCCACUGCACCAGACAGAGCCCCACAUGCCUCAAAACGCCACCUUCCCAGAUUCUUUCCCCCAGCAGCCAGCAAACCCCCUUCCCUUUACCCCAAACUCCCCAACCAACAGCUACCCCAGUUCACCCAACAGUGGCACAGGCAGUACAGCCACCUUUCCCCAUUCACCCUCCAGCUCUGAUCCAGGGAGCCCCUUUCAGAUGCCAGAGGAGCCAAUGACACAGGACUGUCCCCAGCCAAUGGACACUAACCUGCUUGCUCCGAACCUGUCUCUGGAGAUCAACAACCGGCCAGAUGUUCAGCCUGUGGCCUAUGAGGAACCCAAGCACUGGUGCUCUAUUAUGUACUAUGAGCUAAAUAAUCGGGUGGGAGAAGCCUUCCAGGCCUCUUCCACUAGUGUACUGGUGGACGGCUUUACUGACCCCUCCAACAACCGCAACCGCUUCUGCCUGGGUCUGCUGUCGAAUGUCAACCGCAACUCCACCAUUGAGAACACAAGACGCCACAUUGGAAAAGGAGUCCAUUUGUACUAUGUGGGAGGAGAGGUGUAUGCUGAAUGUUUGAGUGACAGCAGUAUCUUCGUCCAAAGCCGUAACUGCAACUACCACCACGGUUUCCACCCCACCACUGUAUGCAAGAUCCCCAGUCGCUGCAGCCUUAAGAUCUUCAACAACCAGGAGUUUGCGGAGCUCCUGGCACAGUCUGUCAAUCAUGGUUUUGAAGCCGUCUAUGAGCUCACCAAGAUGUGCACCAUCCGCAUGAGCUUUGUAAAGGGUUGGGGUGCAGAGUACCAUCGACAGGAUGUGACAAGCACACCAUGCUGGAUUGAGAUUCAUCUUCACGGACCCCUACAGUGGCUGGAUAAAGUCCUCACCCAGAUGGGCUCCCCUCAAUACCCCAUUUCAUCUGUGUCCUAAACAGAGCUGUCCAUAAGGCAAUGGUUGGUGGAACCCUCUCAAUCAGGGUUCCCAUGGAGCAUUUGAUUGGUUAAAGGGAGGGAGGGGUGGGUGGGGUUUGUAUUCUACUUGAAGGCAGUUUAAUUGGGAGCAUACAAUUUGGCUGAAGAGUCCUCAGUUCUCAGCCUGAAAGAAUCUGGAAGAUACUUGACAACUUUGUGUGACCAAGCAUGUUAAAUGAUGAGGCCAUCAAACUUGUAGCAAGUAUCCUCCUUUAGUCUUGUGAAAGAAAUUGGGUUUUUAGCUGUUUGUUUUCUUUUUUUAUUGCAUUUCUUCUCCUUUUUCCAGUUUACAUCUCAGUAUUCCAUUGAGGGAAAAAAGAUCUGUAUCGUAACUUAGGCUAGUACAGUGCUGUACAUGUACGGAGUAGUGGGGUUAGAUGAACUCAUCUGGUAGAUAAACAAAUAAGAUAAUAUGAUGCUUUAAAUGAACUUAACGGCAUGAGGAUGUGUGAAGAUAAUAAGGCCAUUAACGUGGAAUUUCUCCCAGCCAUCUUUCUAUGAUAUCUCAGUCCUGGAAAGAAGAUAAAAAUGUAGCAAAAACUGACAAAAAUGUCUAAUGUAGAAAGAAAAAUACAUAUAUUUGAAUAUGUAAAUCUUUGAAUGGGAAAGUUGUAUGGGGAGUUGUGCACGUUAGUAGUGGGUAAGGGUGCAUGAGCAAAGUUGCUCUACUUUUAUCACAGUUGUGUUCAACUGAUUUAAGAAGUAGUGUGUAAAUGUACUUAUUAGUAGAGAAAGUGCUUUGCAGUCAGUUUUUUUGCAAGUGUGGUUUGAUACCUAAGAUUAUUACAGAGGCAGGCAUUGUUUAUUUAGUCCAUAUGAUGUGCACUGCACCACUGUGCUGCACGAAAUAAUGUCCUUAUUUGGUUUAUUUCUGAAAUGCCAUGAAUAUUCUGUUUUCAAAAAACAAUAUGCAUAAUUCCCAUGCGUAUUUGGCAUUUGUAGAGUAAAAUAAUUCAAUGUAUUUGUUGACUAUGUUCUAAAUGGCACUAGGAAUAUUGUUUUGUAAAAAAAAAAAAAAAAGUAGAUUUUUGAUUAACUUGCUGUUUUUUGUUUUUGUUUUAUUAUUCAUAGUGAAAUCCCAUCCACUGUUAAAAUGUAAACAUUUUUGUAUUUUUUUGAAGAAAAUAUAUUGUCCCUUCAUAUCUGCACUUUCAUAAGUGGCUUCUUGGCUCGGUUUGUCUUUUUUUGUGCUGUUCUUACUUGUACUCUCAGAAAGCAGUUUUAUUCCAUGAAUAUCAAGUCUCUACUGGAAGAUUCAUUAAAAUUUUUCAUUACCACUG